AUUUACAGCAGUGUCACGUGGCUGCAACAAGAUCCCAUUGCACCGAAGAAUAAACACAACACACAAAGAAAAUGACGGCUGUAGCCCUUCCCGAAAGUCACGAGGCCGUGAGGAAGCUUGCUCAUUUCUAAGCAGAGCUUAGGAAAAAUCUGAGAUACUUUUCAUAUUUAUUGAAUAUUUGGAAAGUUCAAUAUUGGAGUACAGUUAUCUGAAGGUAUCAGAAGUGUGGCAAGACUGUUUGGGAUGACAGAGGAAUAAUAGACAGGAUGGACAUAAUCCUUACAAUCAUCUAUACAUUUUAUAAAGUAGCUUGAAUACAAACCACGCCUCUCUCAUUCCUCACAUUAGUAUGAAUUAAAGAAUUCUCUCCGUGUGGUAACCUCUGCUCCUGAAUUUACGGUAACGAUGGACUCGUAUUUAUGGUACACCCGGAAGUAAACAAACCUCGAUUAUUUAUUGAAAUAUUACAAUUCAUAUAUAUGGUGUGACUUGACUUAUGGGCGGGUGACCGUCGUUGGCGUCCUUUUGAUGAUCAAUUGGCAUUAUUGGCAUCGCAGCAUAGCCGGGAUUAUUUUAAAGUAAAACAUGGCGAUGGAGAACUACGGGAAUUUUCACACUCAGUUGGUUUCCAUUGUGGAGGUCUUGGCUAAUACGGCCGUUCUUGAGAUCUGCAAGCUGGUGGACGAUGGUUAUACCCACCUGAGGCUGGAGGUGUCCCGGACCCAGAGAGAGAACCUGGAACUGAAGAGCAAACUGCGGCUGAUGGAAGUUGGAGCCCCCGUCCCGCCGUUGGGGAGCUGCCCCGAGAAAGGUCACAGUGCUGACUCUCUCCUUGGAGGUCAGGAUGGAGAAACGGACUUGCUUGAGGAGAAGCCUGUGGUGGUGAUCAAGGCAGAGCAGCUGGAAGAGGAGCUAACAGGGUGCAUCAUGGGAGAACGCCAUCGGGAGCUCCCUGCUAGCGGCAUGCUGGUUGAGUGCACCUCUCUCGCCCCUGAGAGCGCCGGGGCUGGCGGCGAUGGUGGGUGCCACGCCCAGCCGGGGGUGGAGUUUUUGACCUCUGACCCAGGGAGCUCCCAUGCGUCACGCUCUGAGUGGGCGUCGUCCUCGCCGUGCGCCGAUGAGGACGCAGCCGGCAUGGCGACGCCCUCGGAGGAGGACGGCCCCUCCCUGGACUCGUUCCAUGACCUGUUCUCCUCCCCCGACGUAGCGCAGGCGCUGAGCGCUCCUGGCCUCUGGGAGGGAGGUGCGGAGGAGCGCCUGGCAUCCGCCUUCUCCUUCCGGACCUCCUCCUCCUCCUCCGUCACCACGGCGAGGGACCCUCAGACCGCCGAGUCGGACGGGCGGGGACAUCGGGACGCCCCGCCGUGCGCCCGGGGUCAAUUCUCCGGCGGGCCAGUGGCCCCGCCGCUGCCCCACCCGGGGCACCUCCGCCAACCCUUCCUCCACCUGCAGCAUCUCCACGCCCAGAGGCUCCACCCUCCGGCCGCGGAGCAGCCGUUCCGCUGCGGCGUGUGCGGGAAACACUUCUCCCAGUCCAGCCACAUCAAGCGCCACAUGAGCGUGCACACGGGCGAGCGGCCGUUCGGCUGCAGCGUGUGCGGGAAGCGCUUCUCGCAGGCGUGCAGCCUGAAGGUGCACCAGGCCGUGCACACCGGCGAGCGGCCCUACGGCUGCUCGCAGUGCGGGAAGCGCUUCUCCCUCCUGGGGAACAUGGUGCGGCACCAGGCCCUGCACGUCAGGAAGGAGCCGCAUGGCACCGUAGCCGCGCUCUACGACGGGAACUCAGACGAGCCACAACAUCAAUUGCUGCUCAUUUGCGUGCGGCUGGUCUGCGGGUCAGAGGAGAUGGCGAUGAUGGCGGAUUGUGUUGGCUUUCAAGCGCAGAUCGCUUCCAUCAUAGAGAUGCUGGCCAACUCUGCCGUGGUGGAGAUCUGCAAACUGGUGGACGACGGAUACGCAGCCCUGCGCUCCCAGAUGGACAGGGAGCGAGAAAAGAGCGAGAAGGAAAACGACGCGCUGCGACGGAAACUACGGGACAUGGACGUCAAGAUGCGGACCUACGAGCGGAAGAUGAGGAGACGGAUCCAGCGAGCUGAUGAUCUGCACAACGUCCAGUAUCGGCCCCCCGAAGAACCAGAAGAUCAAAUAACCUGUGAUGUGCCCAUGGUCACAGGUCACAUGGCCAUGGAAGACACACCUCAUGACCUGUCGCAGGAGGAGGGCGUGCUGGAGCCCCUGGUGAAGGAGGAAGCCGCUGAGAAGUCAGACUGUAACCUGGACCUCAAGGUGGAGUUGAACAUCCGCUCGGAGCGCGGUCUCUCCACAGUGCUGCCGACGGCCGAGGACCCCGGCCCCUCGGAGCCCCCGGCCGGCUGCUCCGCCGGCCUGGGGGGCCCCGCCGGCGCCACCAUGGACCUGACCUGCAGGGCCCGGCGGAAGGCCCCCAGGGGCCCCGCCGGCGCCGCGGCGGGCGACGGAGAGGUUGACCUGGACGGGGGUGGAGCCUCUGACGUGGCCUUGAAGCCGGAGGCGGCGGCGGCCGGACUGGAGGCGGAGUCCGACCAGCUGGCGGCGGCGGCGGCCCCUCCCAGCCCCGAGCGCCUCAGCCUGGGCCUGGACCUGGCCUGGAUGCAGGAGCGCGUCAGCCACCUGGGGGCCGCGUUCGCGGUGGCUCAGCUGGGCCUGGGGAACCCCGAGGGCGGCCAUCCGGCGGCGUCCUUCGCGGGCCAGGGCGGGGGGGCGGACUGUCUCGACGGCCCCCCCACCAUGGUCUUCCCCGGCGGCGCGGCGGCGCACGACAUGGCCUCCUUCGCCGCCUCCUUCGACCUAGCCGCCGCCGGAGCCGCCGCCGCGGGCCCUCCCGCCGCCGCCGCCGCCCCUCCCUCGGCCAUCGGUGCCCUGGGGGGCGUGGCCAAAGAACCCAUGGUGUGCGGGGUGUGCGGCCGCGUGUUCCCCAGCACGCCGGCGCUCGAGCUGCACCGGCGCGUGCACGCCGGCGAGCGGCCGUUCAGCUGCCCCCACUGCGGGAAGGGCUUCGCUCAGCCCAACAACCUGCGGGUCCACCUGCUCAUCCACUCGGGGGAGCGCCGCUACAGCUGCUCGCUGUGCGGGAAAAGCUUCAUCUCCUCCAGCCACCUGAAGCGCCACCGCACCGUGCACACGCAGGAGAAGCCCUACAGCUGCGCACGCUGCGGACAGUCCUUCAGCCAGAUGUGUAGCGUCCGUCGCCACCGGCAACAGUCCCAGUGUGGACCUGAGAGGCUGCGACACAAGAGUACGGUCAUGGGUCUCGUGUCCUGCAGGAACCUGGUCACUGAUCCGGCCCCCCCGGUCCGCCCCCCUGGAGCCCACAGCCGGCUCCGGUUGCCGGCCUCUGAGAAGCGCUUGCCGCAGGUGGAGCAGCUGAAGGGCUUCUCCCCCGUGUGGACCCGUUGGUGGGCCUCCAGGUUGGACAGCCCGGAGAAGGCCUUCCCACAGGCCCGGCACACGACCACCUCUUCCUCCUCCUCCUCCUCUUCCUCCAGCAGCUCUUCUGUGCUGAAGGAGGGAGGAGCAGUGGGCGGGGCUCCUGAGUCGGGGGUCCAGCGGGUGAAGAAAGCCUCCAGGUCCAACACAGAGACCUCUGAGGCCGCAGCCUCACUGCCGGGCCGCCGGGGCUGCUGGGAGGUGGAGUCCUUGGACUGCGUGUUGGUGUCUGUGGCCCCCGCAUGGACAGGGAUAGUAGUGCAGGGCUCUUCUGAAGGCUUGGCCUGGGGAGGCAUCGAGCCGCAGUCCCUGCCGCUGCCACCGGGUGGCGCCCGCUCUGCUUACCGUGUCCUGCUGGAGGUCGCAGAGGCUGCCGGAGAGGCUCUGAAGCGGUCGUUGGAGCCGACGUGCACCCUGGUUCGGCCGAUACUGGCAGCGCUGUCCCGCAGCCUCCGCUCGGCGAAGCCGCGGGCCAUCUUGAGCUCCAUCAGAACCAGAGGUAGCAGUCCGAGAAGAACCAUGGCUAGCCGCCUAGCCUUCCAGACCCAGCUCGCCUCCAUCAUGGAGGUGCUGGCUAACGCCGCGGUGGCGGAGAUCUGUAAACUGGUGGACGACGACUACGCGGUGGUGAGCCUGCAAAUGUCUCAGUGCCAGAGAGAGAACAAGGCGCUGAAGAGGAAGCUCAACCUGAUGGAGCUCAAGAUGGCCCGCGGCUUCGCCGAGCGGAGGCUGCGGGACAGCGCCGCCAGUAUCGGCCGAACCAGGGUGCACGUCGUCUCCAACGACCGCUUCAGAUCCUCUUCGGCAGCCUCUGGUGUGGUGUUUGAGGGGCAGAUGGACAUGGUUCCUUGGCCAGGCGGAGUGGUGCCAGGAACGGCCAGCCGAGAGACCACGACCUGCGACCUCCAGCAGGAUAUGUCUGCGGACGUAGAGCUAGUUGAAGCAGAAUUGGUGAAGCAGGAGAAGAUGGAGGAGGCAGAAGAGGACGUGGAGGAGGAGGUUCAGCUCAUCAGAGCAGAUGGUCAGAUGGAGAGAGGACCUGGGGGAGGCCGGGUCCAGCGGAGCAGCCGCCCUCAGCAGGAGGUCCAGGCCGCCUAUCACCACAAUGAGUGUCCGGACCCCGCCCCAUCAGCCAGCACCAGAGGAGUGGAGAAUGAGGAGGAGCCUGACGUGAAGCGAGUGAAGCAGGAGGCGGGGCUAGAGUCUCCAGACCACGCCCACCCCACACUCAUCAUACAAGAGGGAUUGGUGGAAUCCAGUACAGACGACUACAAAGCCAGCCUUUCAUUGGACGGCGUCAGCCAGCCGGCCCAGGAGCUCCAGGAAUGUGGGCAGGGCUUCUCAGAGACCCCUGCUGACCCCCAGGCCAAGCCUUCAGAAGAUCCCUGCACUACUAUCCCUGUCCAUGCGGGGGCCACAGUCACCAACACGCAGUCCAAGGACUCCACCUCCCAGCAGCCCCGGCGGCCCGGCAGUGAGGCUGCGGCCUCAGAGGUCUCCGUGUUGGACCUGGAGGCUUUCUUCACCCGCUGGACCCCCGACUCAGGAGCCCCGCCCACUGCUCCUCCCUCCUUCAGCACAGAAGAGCUGCUGGAGGAAGAGGAGGAGGAGGAGGAGGAAGAGGUGGUCCUAGUAGGGGAAGACCACCAUCCUCCACGCAGGAGGAGAGGGUUCAGCCAGAGGAGCUCUAGAAUACACACCAAUCACAGCCCUUCUCCAGGCACCUCGCUGUCUGCAUCAUCACGGAUACAGGCCCCUCCCCCACAACUCACCUGGAGCAGGGCAGCGGCCAUGAUGAGAACGACGCAGACCCAGUCGCUGCAGCACGGGCGUCAUGGCAACAGGACCGCCCAUCGUGUUCUACAUUCCUCUCAGAACCCGCUUACCACCAACGCUGGACUUGCUAGCGAUGUCAGCCAUCGAGCUGGAACACUGAAUCGCCGUUUUGCCCAUUUCCCCAGCUUUCCCCCAGCCGGUCUACCAGCCAGAGGCACUGAAGGGAAGGGGCUGAGCAGCGAUGGUUCGGGACUAGAUGGUGUUAGCAUUGGGCUCGAUGGUGUUAGCCUUGGGCUAUCUAAUGUUAACAUGGGGCUGGGUGGUAUUAGCAUGGGGAUGGAUGGCAUUAGCGGGGGACUAGGUGGGGUUAGCUCGAGGCUAGGUGGUGGCAGUUUAGGACAAGGUGGUGUUAGCAUUGGGCUGGAUGGUGUAAACAUGGAGUUAGAUGGUGAUAGCACUGGGCAAGGCAUUGCUAGCAUGGGGCUAGGUGGGGACAGCGGGGGGAUAGGGGAUGUUGGCGGGGGCCUCGACGGUAUUAGCUCCAGGCUAGGCGGGGGAAGCCGCAGGAGGAACUACGUGUGCAGGGCCUGUGGGAAGGCCUUCUCCGGGCUGUCCAACCUGGAGGCCCACCAACGGGUCCACACGGGGGAGAAGCCCUUCAGCUGCUCCACCUGCGGCAAGCGCUUCUCAGAGGCCGGCAACCUGAAGAAGCACCAGCGGGUCCACACCGGGGACAAGCCCUACAGCUGCCCCCGCUGUGGGAAGCGCUUCGCCUGGGUCUGCAAUCUGAGGACCCACCAGCAGACCGGAGCCGGCUGUGGUUCGGGUCCGGGAGGGGAGAAUCUGGAUCAGCUGGGACAGUGACACCCAGAGGCCUAUAGACUCAAAUAUAACCUCAGGGACAAAGACAUUAAGCUAUUAUAUUAUUAUUUAACACAUUCAAAUUGUAUUUCUUUUCAAAGUAGAAGGCACUCUGUCCAGAAUUACUACACAAACAAGUUAAAGAGAACAGUCAAUCUCUGCUAUUUUGUAUUAUAAGAGGUUACUGCUUCAUAGGUCCAUUCCCGAUCCGGAACGCCAACUCUGUAUCUGCCAUUGGUCCUGAACGAUUUUCCACACAACACGUGUUGCAGUGCUGUCUCUUAUAUUAGAAAAUAGCCCAGGGAGCCUGUUCCCAUGGAGCAUCUAAUGCCGCGUUUCCACUGCAGGGUGCGGUACGGUUCGGUUCGCCUCAGUCCGGUAGGGAUGGGGCGGUAUAGCCCAGCUCAGUUCCGAGGUCGCGAUUCCACCGCCGACAGUACCCUUUAUGGUAGGCCGGAUGUCGAUCGCCGCGGCAGCUAAACAUUGUGUCAUCAUGGCAGCGCGACACAGUGUAGCCUGCUCAAUAAAAACAAUGGAAAAGUUUUACGUUAUUGUCGCGUUUUACAUUUCGCGUUUUACGCGACACCUUCAUUGUAAAGAAUAAUACCUCGAGGCUACUGUUUGUUUGUUUUUAUCCCCACGUCGCCCGGAAGUGACGAUUCUGUCGACCAAUCAACGGAGGGGGUGUGUAGCUCGAAUUCUCCGGCACCUUUUCAGGCGUCCCCCAACGGAGGAGUACUGAAGACGAGGGCAAAA